GAAAGUCAACAGUUAACUAUGGCAUUUGUGCUGAGAAGAGUUUAUCCAAGAGCUGUACCCAUUCCAGGAGCUCUGAGUUCUUUCUGCUGGAGAAUAAAGUCUUGUGAUGAUGAAAGACUGGCUCUGUUAUCCACUGCUGUACCAUCCCAUAAACCACGUGGGGAGAAGGAAGAAACCAGGUCUUAUAAGUUGGGACUGUUGCUUGGAUUGGGUUGUUUCUAUCUGUACAGUUACACAAAGAAUAAAGAGGACAUGAGAAAAGGGAUAUUUCAAACCGCCGGCUGUACUGCUACAGAAUCAGAUGAUAAAGGAGCAGGUCAGAGAAGAUCAGCUAGGUAUAAUUUCCUCGCAGAUACUGUAGAGAAGGUAUCUCCCAGUGUAGUUGGAAUAGAACAAAGAAUGUUUCAGCAUCGCAGAGCCUGGAAGGUUCAAGCUCCCAUUGGAUCUGGUUUUAUAAUUAAUGGUGGGCGUUACGUACUAACAAACGCUCAUGUAGUGCACUCCACUCAAUCUGUAACUGUAAAACUUUAUAAUGGACGGACGCUGACUGGUACAGUUACUCAUACUGAUCAUGUUGCUGACCUGGCACUCAUAAAACUAGACUUACCCAAAGGAUCUGAACCACUGCCGUCACUAGAGUUUGGUUCCUCGGCUAGUUUAAGACCAGGAGAAUGGGUAAUAGCUCUUGGAUCACCAUUAUCACUAUCAAACACCAUUACUUCGGGUGUCGUUAGCAGCGUACAUAGACCAGCCUCUGAAAUACCUGAUCAACGACUCCAGUAUCAAAAACCAGACAUGGAGUAUGUUCAAACUGAUGCUGCAAUACUCCCUGGUAAUUCAGGUGGCCCACUGGUCAAUCUGGAUGGGGAGGUCAUAGGUGUCAACGUAAUGACAGCUGGUCCUGGGAUAUCUUUUGCAAUACCCAGUGACUUUGCAAAGAGGUUUCUAGAAAGAGCAAGUAAGAAGACAAGCAGGAGCAGUGGUUCUGCUUCAAGUCAUUACGGGAUUGGUAUCUCAAUGUUGACCAUAUCUCCAGUUGUACUCCCCCACAUUCAAAACAGGUUUACGUCAUUUGCAGUCUCUCAUGGAGUCCUUUUAGUUGAUGUCUGGAGAGGCAGUCCUGCAGAUGCAGCUGGACUUAGGAAGAAUGACAUUAUCAUUGAAAUGAACUCAAAAGAAGUGAGAAAUAGUGAAGAGAUAUACCAAGAGGUACAGAAAGGAAAGACAGUAGAGUUUCUGAUAUUAAGAGGACAUGAAAAGAAGAUUAUUAGAGUCAACCCUGAGCCAUUCUGAUGAACAUAGGACUUGUAAUACAAAGGUUGACAAUCACAUUAAUUAUUAUUUAUUAUUUUUGUAAUUAAAUGACACAAAAUACAAGGACGAAUACAAUGUAUGGUAGUUAAACUUAAUAAUAACAUUAUAAAGAUUAAUUUCAUUGUACUGUUAAUUC